AUGAAUUACUCAAAGAUUCCAGAAUUCGGAGAAUUGCCUCUCAAAGAAAGCGACCCACCACUCUCGGCCUGGGGUCUCUGGAAAAACCCAGCUCUUGGUUCGCUUAACCACCUCCAUGAAAUUAAGACUUUGGAGGCUGCGAAAUCUGAGAUUAAGACUGGCGAUAGAGUCACACUCAAUCUUCCGCUUGAUGCUAUCGACCCCGGGCUCUUAGGUCGACAAAUCUUCCAACAAAAGGUGAUCGAUAAAAGUCCGAGCAUUGUGAAUGAUGACAUCAUCACUUUCAACACGCAAGGUAGCUCCCAAUGGGAUGGCUUCCGUCACUUUGCCUAUCAGAAAGAAGGAUAUUUUUAUAACGGCGUGACUCAACAAGAUAUACAUGGCAAAGAUCAACCAGAUAUGAACAGUAUCAGUGCAUGGGCUAAGCAUGCUAUCGCCGGAAGGGCCUUCCUGAUUGAUUACUUUGAUUGGGCACUAGAAACAGGAAAGUCGUAUGAUCCUCUCGCGUCGUCACCAAUAUCACUUUCGGAUGUCCAGAAAAUCAUCCAGGAAAAAGAGAUUCGGCCCCAGGAGGGGGAUAUAUUGAUCAUACGGACGGGUAAGUCUUAUGGCGACGAUUAUAUUGGCGUCAUUGGACUCACAUCAAGCUCAGGGUAUAUUGCAGCUUAUCAACAAGCUGAUGCAGCGACAAGAGGUUCACUAUCCAGCAAAUUUGAGUUUCCAGGUCUUGCGCAAUCCCAGGAAACCUGCGAAUGGCUCUGGAAAUGUCAGUAUGCUGCAGUUGCUGCAGACUCUCCUGCAUUUGAAUGCACUCCACCUCUCGAUUUUAAAUGGGCAUUGCAUCCCAUCCUCUUGGCAGGCUGGGGAACACCGAUUGGAGAACUUUUUGACCUUGAAUCAUUGGCCAAAACGUGCAAGAGACUGAAAAGAUGGACUUUCUUCUUUGUUAGCAUCCCUUUGAACUAUACAGGCGCUGUGGCGAGCCCGCCAAACGCGAUGGCUAUUUUUUAG